AUGGAGAAGUCCACAUACACCACGGACGCUAUCCAGGAUUCUGCACCACUUGAUCAAUAUGAAUCUCAUGGGAAGGGUGAGCUUGAGCUCAAUGUUGGUGGGCGGGGUGCGACUCAGCGCCGGCUGCGCAAUUACCAGGUCUCUAUGAUCGGUUUCUGCAGUGGUAUCGGAACUGGUCUGUUCGUUGGAACAGGAUCAGCAUACGCUAAGGCUGGUCCUGCUGGUUUGCUGCUCGCAUAUAUUCUUGUCGGAGCUGUGUUGUGGUGUGUGAUGCAAAGUAUUGCUGAGCUGGCAACUGUCUUUCCUACCGCUGGCUCGUUCCCUCAUUGGGCUACUCGCUUUAUUGACCCCGCUGUCGGAUUCUCGCUCGCCAUUUCAUACGGAUACUGUUAUACGAUCGCGAUCGCCUCCGAAACCUCCGCUGCCGCCGUUAUCGUUUCAUAUUGGUCGGAUAUCACGCCAGCCGUGGUAAUCACGGUCAGCUUGGUUCUUAUACUGGCAAUCAAUUUGAUGAGUGUACGGUUCUAUGGUGAAACAGAGGUCAUUGGCGGUGCAGUCAAGGUGCUCUGCUUCUUGGGUCUGGUGAUUGUUUCCAUCGUCAUCACAGCUGGAGGUGGUCCGAAUCAUGAGGCCAUUGGAUUCCGCUUCUGGCACAAUCCUGGUCCUUGGGUUGACUACGACGGCAUCACUGGGCCUACUGGACAUUUCCUUGGAUUUGUGUCCUCGUUUGUCAAUGCCUCGUUCAGUUUCAUUGGUGUCGAAUGUGUGGUCAUCACCGCUGCCGAGUCGGUCGAUCCGCAUCGUGCUAUUCCCAAGGCUGCCCGCCGUGUCACCUACCGUAUCGCCUUUUUCUAUAUCCUCGGCGCGUUCCUGAUUGGCCUUAUCGUGAGCCCUUUGAACAGCGCCCUGACAGAGGGUAAUGACAACGCACAGAGCUCGCCAUUCGUCAUUGCGAUCAAGGAAGCGGGUAUCACUGCUCUGCCAUCUAUUGUCAAUGCCUGUAUCCUUGUUGCUGCGUGGUCUGCCGGAAAUUCAUACUGCUGGGUCGGAUCGCGUAUGAUCGUCGCUAUGACCACAGACCACCAGCUGCCUCAGAUCUUUGGCCGUGUGAACAAGUCUGGUGUGCCGUACGUUGCUGUCAUCACCGCCUGGUUAUUUGGCCCAUUAGCUUAUCUGAGUCUUGGAACUGGCGGCGCAUCGCAAGCCUUCACGUGGCUCCUUAACUUGAGCACAGUCGCUGGCCUGAUUGCAUGGGCCACUCUGUGCUUCUGCUAUGUCCGAUUCUACGCUGCCAUGAAGAAGCAAGGUGUCUCCCGUGACUCUUUGCCGUGGAAAGCACCAUUGCAGCCAUAUGCUGCUUGGUUCGGAUUUGCUGGCUCCACCAUUAUCACUUUGGUAUGUGGAUUUGAGGUCUUCCUAAAGGGUCACUGGAACACCUCCAGUUUCGUGGCCUCAUACAUCGGCAUCCCUAUUUUUAUUGUGCCGAUUAUCAUCUGGAAGUUGUGGCACCGCACCAAAUUUCAACGCGCCCAUGAAAUCGACCUCUGGUCAGGGCGUCUCCAAGAUGGAGAAAUUCUGCCACAAAAGAACCCCCGAAACACUUGGUGGGGGCGUUUCAUUGACUGGCUUGUGUAA